CCCUGAUUAAAGCAGACUAGAGCAGAAGCAUACACACCCCAUCUGGCAUGAAGCAGACUACACAGAGGGCAACAUACCAAGCACACACACCCCAGAAGCACAUACAACCCAGCAGCAAAUCCCUAUAAACAACAAGUCACCUGAUUCAGAUUAGCCACUACAUCAUGCACUGAAUAGUGAAACUCUGGCAGCCCAGACUUGGCCCACAACCCAACCCUCACUUUCACUAUUUCACCAAGCUCUCCCAUAUUAGGCUGAUUUCCUUUAAAAACACACUCAUUUAUGUUUGUUCCUCUUUGGCCAGCACAAGUUGAGGAAGUUUAAGAUUUCAAGUCCACGGCUUGAACUGUUACAUCUAUAUUUUGUGGAAAAUUUGGUAGAUGCUACAAUUGACGUUCCAAAUCUACGUUCUUUCAAAUAUACCGCUAAUGAAUUUUUGCCAUUCUUGUUUCAAAUGAAUACUUUGCAUCUACAAAAAACCAGUUUCCGACUUUAUUCCUUUAAAAUAGAUGUUUCUUGGUUCCUGAAGUUGAGAGAAUUCGUCGGAAAGCAUAGCCACAAUGAAGCAUUGUCAUUGCAUUUCCCAGCUAGUUUGAAGCUCACAUUCAAUCUGGGAGAGCUGAGAGGAAUUCCGAUUCCACCAGUGCGUGGUGUGAAACACUUGAAGUUAAAACUCCUGAAUGAUUACUCACCACCGGCUUUUGAACCCCUUGUCGAUGGUAUACUUUGGAGUUGUUAUCCGGAAAUGCUAACUAUGGAGUUGGGUACAAAGAAAAACAAAUUCAUUGAGGUCCUAAAAGACGAAUUGCAGCAUACAAAAAAUGAGAAGAAUAGUUGUUGUGAAUCUACUGAUAUAAAAUGUUGGAGGCAUGACCUGAAAGAUUUUGAGACUGAGCAGUUUAUUGGGACCAAAAAAAGGAGGCCUCAAGUACAGCGCAAGAUGAUUAGUUUUAGAUUUAAAUGGUAAUCAUUCAUAUAAUUUACUGAAAAUUCAAAAUUUUAAGAACCUUGAAAGUUGGCAUUUGUUUGGUUUAAGUAAUUUAAUCGAAUAAUUGCUAUGUGCUGAUUUACAGUUUCCUAUCAAAUUUGUUUUCAUGUUUAUAGCAGCUGCAUAAUCCCUUG